AUGGCAUCAAAGACUGGUAUCAGUAUGUUUCUCCUACUCGCUGCUGUAGUCACAGCCAGUGCUUCUCUGGAAACUCAAGGCGAAUCAGCGGUUGUCCGCGAAACCAAUAUCCGGGAGCCAGCGUCAGAUAUGCUGAACGUGGAGGAGACUGUCAAGAAGAUGGAGGAGAUACGUCUUGUGGGAGGCACCUCAGAUUCUGAAGGCCGUGUAGAGGUCAGCUACAGCGGAGAAUGGGGAACUGUUUGUGAUGAUCUUUGGGAUACAAACGAUGCCAGCGUGGUAUGUCGAUCUCUCGGUUUUGAUGGUGCUCUGGAAGCUGUCAAAUAUCCUGGAUUCGGCCCCGGUACUGGAACCAUCUUCCUUGAUAACGUCGAAUGCAUUGGAAAUGAAGCGAGUCUCGCUGAGUGCCCAAUAUUUGAACCUAGACCGUGGAACUGUGAUCAUUCAGAAGAUGCAGGAGUUCGUUGUCUAGUGCUUGAAAGAGAGGUACGUCUUGUGGGUGGCACCUCAGAUUCUGAAGGCCGUGUAGAGGUCAGCUACACCGGAGAAUGGGGAACUGUUUGUGAUGAUUUUUGGGAUACAACCGAUGCCAGCGUGGUAUGUCGAUCUCUCGGUUUUAAUGGUGCUCUGGAAGCUGUCUCUAGUGGUCCAUUCGGCCCCGGUACUGGAACCAUCGUCCUUGAUGACGUCGAAUGCAUUGGAAAUGAAGCGAGACUCGUUGAGUGCCCGCAUAUUGGACUUGGAGUGCAUGACUGUGACCAUUCACAAGAUGCUGGAGUUCGUUGUGUAGAAGAUGGAGAUGUACGUCUUGUGGGAGGCACCUCAUAUUCUGAAGGCCGUGUAGAGGUCAGCUACAGCGGAGAAUGGGGAACUGUUUGUGAUGAUUUUUGGGAUACGACCGAUGCAAGCGUGGUAUGUCGAUCUCUCGGUUUUAAUGGUGCUCUGGAAGCUGUCUCUAGUGGUCCAUUCGGCCCCGGUACUGGAACCAUCGUCCUUGAUGACGUCAAAUGCAUUGGAAAUGAAGCGAGUCUCGUUGAGUGCCCGCAUAUUGGACUUGGAGUGCAUGACUGUGACCAUUCACAAGAUGCUGGAGUUCGUUGUGUAGAAGAUGGAGAUGUACGUCUUGUGGGAGGCACCUCAGAUUCUGAAGGCCGUGUAGAAGUCUGGUACCACGGAGCAUGGGGAACUGUUUGUGAUGAUUUUUGGACUAUAAACAAUGCCAACGUGGUAUGUCGAUCUCUCGGUUAUGAUGGUGCUCUGGAAGCUGUCAAAUAUCCUGGAUUCGGCGAAGGUACUGGAACCAUCCUUGAUGACGUCAAUUGCUCUGGAGAAGAAUCGAGUCUCUUUGAGUGCCCACCUCAGAUGCCAGAAAGAUACUGUUGGCAUUGGGAAGAUGCUGGAGUUCGUUGUGUAGAAGAUGCUAUUGAGUGA